GACCAUUUCCCCCUUUGCAUGCAUCAGGAUCCUGUCACCAUGGUCCUCGUCGUGGAGUUGGGCACGCUAGACCUGGCGCUGUGUGCCGGAUACCUGGUCUCUGUACUUCUCGUGGGUCUCUUCUUCACCUCCAGGGAGCAGCGUGAGCGUGAGAGACUUCGUCUGACGCGUCUGCACCACCAAGCGCUAAUAGACGCGGCAGCCAGAGACCCCAAAAGCCUCGACGCUCCUCACAGCCUCAAACCAGCCAAGAACGACGAUGUACUAGAAGAAUACUACCUCGGAGGGCGGCGCAUCCCUUGGUAUGCGCUGGCCGUGGCCGAUGUGAGCUCGUACAUCGACAUAUCGGGUACCAUGAUCAACACGGCGCUAGUCUACGCACUGGGCGUUAAGGGCAUGUACAUUGAGAUCCGCGGCGGUCUAUGUCUGUUCUUGGCCUUCCAGCUAGCCUACACCGGCAAGCUGUCGCGUCGGUGUCCAGUUAAGACGAGAGGAGAAUGGAUCAAAUUCCGGUUUGGGACCCGCCUCGAUGCUGUUCUGCUCCGGACUACCAUCGCUAUAACGUCCCUGACAAGCGGUAUCCUCGCAACUACGUAUUUUGCUGUGGGUGGAGGAAAGUUUUUCACGGAGUUUGUAAAGCUGCCAGAGUGGGGAGGGCUACCGUCCGAGUUCUGGGCGGCGGCUUUGUUGAUGGCUGUGGCGAUGCUGUACACCAUCGCUUCUGGCUACUCCACUGUUGUGUACACUGACGUGUACCAGAGUCUCUUCAUCUUCGCGUCGUUCAUUAUUGUUGCAAUUAUGGGCUUCAUGGCGCAACUUCCAGAUCAAUUUUCGGUAUUUCUACCGGGGAAAUCGGUGCGUGAUGAACCGGAGUACAUCGAAGUGAACACCACGCGAAGCGAAUGGGUCUCGGCCGUGCCUCCAAGUUCCCUGGGAUUACCAGACGAGGCCUCGUACUCCAUGUACAACUCAUUCGGUCUCAUUUUGGUAUCGUAUUCAUUGCUACAAAUGAUGCGAUCAGCAUCCGGUCCUGGAGGAUCAGGGCUGCAAACUGUACUUGCGACCAAAUCGGAGCGUGAGGUGCGGUCGCAGACGUUUUUAGCCAUGAUUUUCUUGAGUCUACGUUGGGCCUUCAGCGCUGGUAUUGCAGUUAUGGGGAUUCACUAUUCGAUGCAACACGUGGGCGUGGUGGUGGAUCCGGAGCGCGUCGUGCCUAUUGUGAUUAACAAGGUGUUGCCUGUUGGAGCCAAGGGGUUCGUCUUGGCUUCGUUGUUGGCAGCAGCGCUUACUACCUUCGACACGACUAUCAACAGCUCGUCCUCGUACUGGACUGUGGAUAUCUAUCAGGCUCUCAUUAACCCGAAGGCUUCUGAACGUCAGUUGUUGUGGCACGCGCGACUGUCAUCGGCUGUUGUUAUGCUAGCUGGCCUCUUGCUUUCGUUGAAUGUGAGCACGAUCAACCGGAUCUGGGGCUUUAUGACAAUAGCGAUGGCGGGUGGCCUUAUCUGGCCCUUCUUCUUUUCGUGGUAUUGGGCGCGCUUCAACGCCUAUAGCUGUCUACUCGGCAUUGCAUUCGGGUAUAUCGCAGCGAUCGCCGUGUUCAUCUUUGCGCCUUUACUCGAGGAGUUUCGAGCUUUCGUCAUCACUUCGUCGAUCUCUGGGGUUAUCUCCAUUGUUGUCUGUCUAUUGACACGACCCGAGCCUGACAAGGUGCUUCGACGGUUCUACCGUUUCGCUCGUCCUCCGGGUACCUGGCACAAGAUCAAGCACAUCUGCUUCACACAGGAGGUGAUCUCUGAAAUUGACUCGGAAAAUCACACCGAUCUGGCAUGUACGGGGCUGAUCGUCGUCGCUCAAUUGGCGCUGUACAUUCUUGCUGUAAGCGUUGUCUCCAAGGCGUGGACUCAGAGCCUCGUGCUAGUAGCCAUAUUGGCCGUCACGCUGCCUCUCAUCUACUUGAAAUGGUACGUGAAGUUGAAAGACCGCCCGGUUGGUCUCCGCAAGGAGGAUUUAAACGCCUCGCUACUGGGUCCUGCGUGAUUGCAGGCAAGUGCAAAUAGGCUAGAACAGCACUUAGAGAAUGCAUCCAGCCUUCCCAUUACCCAGUUCACUUUACGAUACUUAUUGGUGCAGUACAGUUUGUAGUGACACCUUUGAAGAUCGGAUACUUUACGAUCGACUACGGAAGCAUGUGGAUGAGA